AUGGCAAGUGGCGAGGUGACCUCCUCUGACUGCAGAUAUGAUCUUAAAAAUGAAGCACUUGAAUGUUUUAUCACUCUUCCUUUGGCAUGUUCUCUCCGCCUGUUGAAAUCUUCAGAGGAGGCUCCAAAAGUUGUUUCAAGUGGUGGGCUGUUUGGUCGGGGUUCUAAAUUUAGAUACAGUGGUCACUGCUUGUCUGAAGUGUACAAAUCAUCUGCAAGCAUCGACAGACCUCAACCUAAAUUCACCCGGUACUCCUCGAGAUCGAGGCCAGGCAGUGCAAGCGCUGCACGAUCGACUACGCUUCCAUUCAGCUGGAAGUCCAUCAACAGCAGCAGCAAGAACGGCGACAAAUAUGAACGUGAAGGUGAUUCAUCGGCGGCAUCUCUUUCGACUGGCACAACAGUCGCCUCAUCAGUCGUCACCAGUGUCCAACAACAACCGAAAAAAUGUACGAGUGAUUCUGCGUUGGUGACCGCUGACGGCAAGUGGAACAACCAGCAACCAUCGCUGAAACCUCUGCAGAACUACAAACAUCAACAGAACGACGACGACCACGUUCCACUCUUGAUAGCUGGUGACGUUGAAUGCGAUUUCAACGCUCCUUAUAGAAGUACUGAUGGUCAUGAGGUCAUCAACACGUGUGAGAUUAUUAACAUAAGUGAUGACGAUGAUGAUGAAAGUGAUAGUGACGAUGACGAAAUUUUGAACACCUUCAAUUCAAACGGAAAAAUGAAUAAAAAUGAAAUUUUAGAAAUCAAUAAAAAAAUUGAAACGUUGUUUUUGAACGGCGAAAAACUUGAUAACAAAAUGAUUUUGAAUCCAAACUUUGUCGAAUAUGAUGAAACUGUAAUGAACUUACGCACAAAUUCUCAAUAUAAUAAAACUAGCGAAUUCCUUGAGAACAACACAUCAACAGCAGCUGCAAACCCAUGCUCAUCAAUCGCGCCACCUCCCAAGCAGUCUCAUUCGAUAUCAGUUCAUCCAGGUUACGUCAUCGACAGCUUGCCUUCCUCUCUACCUGCAACUGCACCUCAGAACGCUCCAACACCUUGCACGACUUCGUCGACAGCCUCUGCGUCGUUUACUCUGUCAGAUCCUCCAAUAAUAACCCUGACCACAACGUUCGUAAACAUUGCAACACCAUCACAGAAAAUUGAUUCUUUCGCAAAAAAUCAUCAACCAUUUGUCUCAUUAUCGUCAUCAUCAUUUUUAUCUUCACAACCAACAACAUACUUUUCAGCAGCAACUACCGUCACUUCAUUUCGCGAAACUCCGUUAAACCACGGCAGAAUUGAAGAAAGCUGGGUCACCGAAUCAAGAGGAACUAGGUCGUUGGAUGGAUGGAUAGUCGAAGAAGGUGAAAAAAGAAUGAAGUACACAGAUAACAGUUAUGACACCGGCUAUACCAGCAGCGGAUCAGAAACAGUUAAUGAUAAUGAAGGUGAUGGUGAGGACGCAUGCGUUAAACAAUUGGAAGGUUCAAGCGAGAAGCUGGAAAAACCAGAAUCUAAAUCUGGAAUAAGGAGAAGUUUGCUGAACCUGUUGUCGUUUGUGUCGUCGCUGAACAAAGCAGUUGAAGGUAAGCAUGGUGACGAGAGAGAUGCACGUGAUGGGGCAGAGCAAGCUGGUCAGAGUGGUGCUGAGAACCAGAGUAAAAUAAUUGUCAGUGAUGAUGGCGAUAUAACACCGAUCAACCCUAUCGACAUUGUUGAUUCAUUUUCCAAAGCCAACAUCGUGAUUCCAGCAACAGCAUCGCAGAUACAUCCUUCAAUAGCGUCCAUAGAAUCGUCCUCAUCAACGCUCUCUGUGACUCAAAAUUUACUAAAACCUCUAUCUACUUCAAAAACACAACAUGUCGUAACAUUAACAACAUCACUAUCAUCACCAGCAUCUUACAACCAACACGUUUCUUCGCUUUCACCUCCAUCACCAAUAUCGUCAUUAUCAUGGAAAGGGUUGGCAGCACCAACAACUCCUGACGAUAACAUUCAACACUCGCACUUACCAUCCACUGAAGAAACCCAACAUGCACACCCGUACCAAACAUCAUUGUACUCUUCAUCAUCGUACUCUUCACCAUCGUACUCUUCACCAUCGUACUCUUCAUCAUCGUACUCUUCAUCAUCGUACUUUUCAUCAUCGUACUCUUCAUCAUCGUACUCUUCAUCAUCGUACUUUUCACCAUCGUACUCUUCAUCGCCAUCUUUCGAUAAUCCUUCCGCUGAAAAUUAUGAACGAAUCAAAGAGAUCCGUAAACUAUUGCAGGAAAAUAAAGACAGAAUUCAAGAAAUUAGAAAUACCAUAGACAAUGAAAUUAAAAAACCAUUAAGUUGCUAUUCAGUAUCUUCAGACAGCAUAGAUAUUACAAAACAAAUAUGGAGUGAAUAUGUUGUAACUUCGUCGAACUCAACGACGAACAAGUUGAGCAGUCCCACCCUCAACAAUCAUUACCACAACCAGCUGAGUAGAGAUGGCAAAGAAGCGGAGGCGGUUGAACACCACAGUAGUGUUGGUGGGGGAGGUAAGGUUGAUCCUACCGUAACAUCUGCCUACCCGAUACCCAUAUCCUUCAUCAACAAUCAGUUUGAAUGGUGCGGGGAAGGAGGAGAGAACAGCGGAGGGGUCGGGGUGAUCAUCAACAACUGCAUCUAUCCCGACGUGCAUCACUUGGCGAACGUCGGAGUGUGCAGCGAGUACGUUCCUGAUGACGUUGAUGCCGCAACUGACCUUCACGAGCAGAACUACCCAGACGAAAGUGACAACAAACUUACUUGUGGUGGUUUUGUUGGUGCCAUCCCAAAUGUUGCCAGUGAUGUGCCUGUUGAUGGUGCGACUGUUAACGCUGGUCCGAAAGUCAACGAUAAUGCAUCAAAUGAAACUGACUUGGUUUUCCCAAAAAUAGACCAGUUUUUAACCUCAUUACUUCUUCCCGUAUCGUCAUCAUUAUCAUCACCAGCUGCAGCUUCACCUACAAUUUCCUCGAUGCAUGGACAACCAUUACAAAACUCGCACUUCCCAUCAAACCGACCAUCCCCGGGACAGCAGCUGCAGGAGCCUCCUCCCAUUUUGUCAGACUCGCAGUUAUUGGAAUCUACAUUUGCACUACUUCAUGAAAAUGAUUCGUCGCAUGCAGAGCAGGAAGGAUGCGAAUCGACAACUUUCGGUGAACAUGCAGAUGCACACAUUGCGGACACAAGCAUUGAACAACAUGUUGGAGAAGUGGCAGUUGCAAACAGAGCAAAUAACAGUAAAGGAACAAUGCACUACCUUGGAAAAGGAGUUUGUUUGACGGUGGCAUCCGUUCUGCUCUCAUUAAUACUCUUCAGCAUCUUCGUCAUCAUCGUAUUUGAAUGUUUCCAGGAAGAACGCUACAUCAACGAUUACAUCAUCAUUCGCGAAUUUAAAAGCUCUGUUUAUGAUCUUAUCAAACAGUACAUGACUGAGAUGUUUUAUAGACAUGUAUUCAGGUUUUGGUGA